GUUCUUGAUUCGGCUGAUGAUGGAGAUUUGGAGCAGAGGGUGGCCGAUUUGCAAGCUGUGAGAAGAUCGGUUUCGCUGGAUUCUGUAUCGGCUCUGGGAAUCAGCUCUGUUCUGAAAGUGGAUUGUUCUUCUGGAGAAGGUGAAAUGGGGCAGAAAUGGGGUUCUUCUGCUGCCAUGAACAGGUCUGUUUCUUGCAGUGGGAAGUUUCUGAUGAGAAGUUCCACUCAGAGAAGUUGUGGAACGAAUCAAAAUUAAACUGUUUUUGUUAUUUUUGUUUUGUUUUGGGAGAUGUCUCUGAAGAUGGAGAUGUCUGAGAAACUGGGCUCAAGAAGCUGAGAGGUUUCUUCAAAAGCUGUUUCUUUUUUUCUUUUUUUGCUUUCUUUUUCUAUACAGAUGAUUCGAAUGGAUUAAUGAUAUAAGUGCAUAUACGAGGUUGAAAUUGAAA